AUGCUGUCCAGAACUGCUCGUUUCGCCUCGGGGCGCGCCCUCGCCGCCGCUGGCUCUUCCAUUGCCCGAAGCACCGUCUCCGGCGCCCUCGUCCGCCCUGCCGUCGUCGCAGCCCCUGUCUUCUCCGUCUCGGCCAAGCGCUCAUACCACGAAAAGGUGCUCGACCAUUACUCGCGCCCGCGCAACGUCGGAUCCAUGGACAAGAAGGACCUCGAUGUCGGCACCGGCCUGGUCGGCGCCCCGGCGUGCGGCGACGUGAUGAAGCUGCAGAUUCGCGUGGACCCCGACACCAACACCAUCUCGGAUGUCAAGUUCAAGACAUUUGGCUGCGGCUCCGCCAUUGCCUCGAGCAGCUACCUCACCGAGCUGGUUCGCGGCAUGAGCCUCGACGACGCCGGCAAGGUCAAGAACACGGAGAUUGCGAAGGAGCUGUGCCUGCCUCCUGUCAAGCUGCACUGCUCUAUGCUCGCCGAGGAUGCCAUCAAGUCGGCCAUUUCUGACUACUACAGCAAGAACCCCAAGGUCCAGUCCACCAACCUGGGCGGCACCGAGAUGAAGCUGCCUACUGGCGCCGCUGCCGAGGCCACUCCCGCGUAA